CUGGGUGGGUGCGUGGUCGGUGUGUGUGUGCGAGCACGAGCGGAAACGGCGUUUGUUGUUCUUCCCUCUGUUUCCGAGACGUUCAGGGUCUAAACGGGUUCAACAGCCGCGUCUGCAUGUCGCUGCCAAUUCCCGCAAUAACCCGUCUUCUACCGCCCCCGAAUGAAGAUUAACAGGUAUGCCAAAGGAAAAAUAUGAUCCUCCAGAUCCCCGCAGAUGUUACACCAUCAUGCCAGCCGACGAGGCGGCAAGUGGGAAGAAGUCUCACUGGUCCGAGCUCGAGAUAUCUGGGCGGGUGAGGAGCCUGAGCAGCUCAUUGUGGACACUCACCCACCUCACGGCGCUGCACAUCAAUGACAAUAACCUGACCCGCAUCCCGCCAGACAUCGCCAAGCUGCCCAACCUGGUCUACCUGAACCUGUCGUCCAAUAAGCUCCGCAGUCUGCCCGCCGAACUGGGCAACAUGGUCUCUCUCAGGGAAUUGCUUUUAAACAAUAAUCUUUUACGAGUUCUGCCUUACGAACUUGGAAGGCUUUUCCAGUUACAAACCCUCGGGCUAAAAGGAAAUCCUUUGUCCCAAGACAUCCUCAAUUUGUACCAGGAGCCAGAUGGAACCAGAAAGCUUUUGAACUACAUGCUCGACAAUCUAGCAGUGCACCCAGAGCAGCUCCCCCAAAGACCUUGGAUCACUCUGAAAGAGCGAGACCAAAUGAUCCCCACCGCUGUGUUCACGGUUAUGUGCUACAACGUGCUGUGUGACAAGUAUGCCACGCGACAGCUGUAUGGUUACUGUCCAUCCUGGGCCUUAAACUGGGAGUACAGGAAGAAGGGAAUCAUGGAGGAAAUCACCAGCUGUGACGCUGACAUCAUCAGCCUACAGGAGGUGGAGACGGAGCAGUACUACAUGUUGUUUCUGGAAACACUAAAGGAGCGCGGCUAUGACGGCUACUUCUGUCCAAAAUCUCGUGCCAAACUGGUUUCAGAACAGGAGAGGAAACAUGUGGACGGCUGUGCCGUGUUCUUCAAGACUGAGAAGUUCACUUUGAUCCAGAAACACACUGUGGAGUUCAAUCAGGUAGCCAUGGCUAACUCUGAGGGUUCAGAGGUCAUGCUGAACAGAGUGAUGACCAAAGACAACAUCGGGGUGGCCGUGCUGCUCGAGGUCAAUAAGGACAUGUUCUCCGGGGGCAUGAAGCCGCCUCAGGAGAGGCAGCUCAUCCUGGUGGCCAACGCCCACAUGCACUGGGACCCCGAGUACUCGGACGUCAAGUUGAUCCAAACCAUGAUGUUCCUGUCAGAGUUAAAGAGCAUUGCUGAGAGGGCCUCGGGCUCUGUGGCAACGGGAUCGCCGACCUCUGACCCGUCCUCAAUCCCCAUCGUCCUGUGCGCUGACCUCAACUCGCUGCCUGACUCCGGUGUGGUGGAGUAUCUGAGCGACGGAGGAGUGGCCGAGAACCACAAGGACUUUAAGGAGCUACGCUACAGCGAAUGUCUGACCAACUUCAACUGCAACGGCAAGAAUGGAAACUCGGAUGGAAGCAUCACACACAGCUUCCAGCUCAAGAGCGCCUACGACAGCAAUCUGAUGCCUUACACCAACUACACAUAUGACUUCAAGGGUGUGAUCGACUACAUCUUCUUCUCCAAGACCCACAUGAGCGUCCUGGGCAUGCUCGGACCGCUCGACAGCCAGUGGCUCAUAGACAACAACAUCACGGGCUGCCCCCACCCGCACAUCCCCUCGGACCACUUCUCCCUGCUGGCCCAGCUGGAGCUGCACCCUCCCCUGCCCCACCCGCUCAACCCCCUCAACGGGCUGCACCUGCCGGUCCACAGGUAGUGCACCCUGAGAAUGAGAGAGAGCGCCCCGCCUACCCCUUUUUACCUCACCUUUUAAACACUGUCCCACCUCCUCCCUCCAGCUUUAUACAGGACCCUGUACAGUUCACGUUAAACUCGGACACCAUCUGACCGCCUCUAACCCCAAAAGGAGUGAAGUAUUUGCCCCGGGUGUUGCUCCUUUUUAUGUUUUUGCACACUGUAUAUUUUUUUUUCUUUUCUCCCCUUGAAAAGGCUUGAUACCAAAUGUUGGGCUUGGGAUGAAGUAUUUCCCAACGUCUGUUUUGUUGUUUUGUUUUUGUUUUUUUUUGAUUAGUUGUAAUCAUGGCCGCUUAAAGAUUCUACAAUAACAAACUAAUACAAACGACUGUUUAAGGUAAAGCUGCUACACAAACAUAAGCAUCAUUUCACACAGCUGUGAAAUUUUUAGAGUACAGACACGUGAUCGUAUUAAUGCUGCACAGUUUAUAGAGCUGAAAGCUGCUUUCACUCCCAGAUUAACUGACAGGUAUUUAAUUGAACGGGGGGGGGU